AUGGCCACCGACAUAAGCAAUUAUCAACCACGACAUGGUCCUGCUCUGGCGAACAUUGUGGACAGCGUGGACAGAGGAUUUGGUGGAGGAGAGUCAACUUUGGGCGCAGAACCUCAUCAGGCAAGAUCCCUGGGACUCCCUCGGUUGGGAUCUGGCAAAGUGGCCGGCGCAGCACUCAACCAUCUUCGCGCACCAGAUCGAAUAACAACCACGACCGCCUCGACCGCCUCGACCGCCUCGACGCAGAUCAGACCCUUCCGAGUUGACGGCCAGCCUCAGCGUGGAUCAAGACUCACCUCAAAUGCACCGGUAUUCGUCCCAGGAGCAAGUGGUCACAUCACCAAAGCAGCUUGGCAACGUGUUGGCGUCGGCUGCGACAUGCCUGACACCGGACGGUUGCGCAUCUCUGACCACAACAGCUUUUCCUACUGCGGCGAGAUUGGUACGCAGCGCAGUUAUGCCGUUGCAAUGGGUACUGCGCCACCGCGUCGGUCGGUAAAUCAACCAUUCGAUCAGAACGCACAGCGCGCUGUGGUUGCCCCGGCGUUGUUCUCGACUUACCCCGAAUCGUCCCAACCACUUUUUCACGGGCAGGAUUUUCCACCAGUGCAGCCCAUGUAUCAGCAGCCCAUGUAUCAGCAGCCAAUGUAUCAGCAGCCAAUGUAUCAGCAGCCAAUGUAUCAGCAGCCAAUGUAUCAGCAGCCUACUGCGCAGUCCUCGUAUCCACAGUAUCCAGCCGAGAUGGCAUAUCCAACUGCAGGUCUGCUUGCACGCACUCCAGACCGCGGACAAAAUUUGGGCAAACGUGUUCGCAAGCAUUGA